GUAAUAUUUUUAUUACAUUUAUUGAAAAAAGAAAUAAAAUUCACCAAUAUUUUAAUUGAUUCUUCUGUAAUGAACUCGAAAUCACCGAUAUUACCGUUUAAAUGACAGUCCUAAUUUUCCGGUUUUUGUUACCUCUAAACAAAGUUUGGGUUGGGUGUGUACAGUUCGUUAUUUUGUGGUUUUCGUUAUUUUUCUAUUUUUAUAUGAAUAAAAUAUAAUGAAAAUGUUAUUAAAAGUGUUUAUAUUAACGUUUCUGUGUAUCUUACCAGUCGCAUUUUCUGUAAGAUGCUAUCAAUGUGCAUCUUCACAGGAUAGUAAAGGUGAAGACAAUUGUGGUGCGUACAAAAAAUUCGAUAAAGAAAGCCACAUCGCAGUGGAAUGCUUCAGUGAUGAAUCUCAUAUGCCAGGAUCUUUUUGCAUGAAACUGACUCAGCAAGGGCCUAAAGGAUUUAUUUGGGAUGGUAGAUGGCGACAAGUUGUCAGACGUUGUGCAUCCGUAGCAGUGACAGGAGUUACUGGUGUAUGUAACUGGGGUGUGUACGAGAACGGAGUCUACUGGGAGGAAUGCUACUGUUCAUCGGACGAAUGUAACGGUUCAUCGUUUACUACGUCAUCUCUCACUCUCAUUUUGAGUACCAUAGGAACUGUUAUGUUCUUACAUAAGUUACUUUAGAGCAGUUUUUUAUAUUUUUAACAUUUUAGCAGAUUGGAUAUAGCCAAAAGCAUAUCAUUCAAAACUGUUAGUGCCUUAACGUAAAGUUUUAUUAAAAUCAUGUACAGACAGAUAUAAUAUCAUAUAUAAGGCUCAACUCACACCAAAACAACAUUGAAGUCCAGCAAAGCCGAGCUCUUAUUAAGUGUCAUAUGAAUUUUAACUUUAUCUUCAUUGCUAUAUUACUUAUUAUCUCAUGAAUAACUCGAACACGUCGCGCGGAUGCCAGCGGAGCCGCGGGAAAUCCGUGAAAUGCAUAAACGAGAAAACACGAGAAGUCGCGGCACGAGUUGCUACCUAUCUUAUGGUGUGAGUUGACCCUAAGAUAUUUAUAAAUUCUAUGACACAAUUUAGAGCUGUUGUUUAUAAUCAGAAGUAGCAGUGCAAUUGUUUUCGUUAGCCAAUCAAACUGUAGAAUGUUUUACAUACUGUAAGUUUACCUGAACACUAUAUUCAUUUUGGCAUAGGUAAACCUUUAUAUAUAUAUUUUAGGAAGAGUAAUGUUAGUUGGCAGUACAAAUUCAAUUUUCUAAAUGAUUUCUAAAGUUUAAAGCAUUGUGAAUAUUAAAUAUAUGAAGGAUGGAAUUAUGUGGUUUACUAAUUGUAUUCACAUAGUAUAUAAAUGCUAUUGUAUAAAGAUAGACAAAAACUAUUGCCUUGUCACAACAGUGCCUUAGUCUAGUUACACUUAGAUAAAUUUUUAUAUUUUUUUGUAUAUUUUUUGUUUUCUAAGUGCAAUCUAACAUUCCGUCCAUUACACAACAAAUAUGUAUUUACAAUGAAUACAUUUUAUACAUUUUUUUUUUAUAAAAAUUCUAAAGUUAGAAUAGUAUGUAUUAAGGAGUUUUUUAAAAUAGAAUUUCCGUCCAAAUGUGUGUAAGUGAUCUAGUUAAUUUGAUAAAUAUUUAUAAGAAUCUCAUUUUUAUAUAAGAUACUUACAAUAUAUUAUAUUAAAAAUAUUAGUUUUGUAUAACAAGACACAGAAAUAAGAAUGUUCUUUGAAAUACAAUUACUAUAUGUAUGAUAAUUACAUUGUUAAGUUCCAACCAGCAAAUUAGUACUGAUAUGCUGAAAAUCUUAUUUGUUUACCAACUAUACUUAAAUUUUUAGACUGUCUCGUUGGCCGAGUGGUCGCAAAUGCGACUGCCAGGAAGGAGAUUUAAAAAAAAACUCUCAGUAGUA